UAUGAAGUCGAACACACAUCACCAUGCGGUGAGCGCGCUCUCUCCUACAGAUAAACUGAGCGCACGGUGACGUGAAAAGAUAAAUGUGUACGUCGUGCAAAUAAGAGCUUGUAGCCUACACCGAGUUCAUAUCAGUUUAUACGAGGACAAGCACGCAUCCAGCAGCGUCAAUGACUUCUGACAUUUGCGUAGAUGGGCAGUACUUUGAUCGUGAUGAGCAUAAAUGUGAACCAUGCAAAGAUAAAUUUAAUUUUAGAAAGGGUUUCGAAUUCACUUCAAAUUGCGGACUGGACGAUCAUAGUAACGUAGUUGAUAGUAUAUACCAAAUCUGCAGAAAAGGAACAUUUAACGAUGGAUCGUUUGAAAAAUGCCAAAAAUGUACCCAGUGCUUAUAUGCGACUUUGUCUCCCUGCAAUUCUGAAUCCAAUGCCGUCUGCUGCCAAGAAAGGGAGUUUGUCAAAGAUGGACAUUGCGUUGUUCGACCAGUGACGACCACAGUGAUACCAACUACGAGUAGAAACCUUAGCACGCCUGUGUCCUUCACUGAACCAAGCACCACUCAAGCACCUACCCACCCUCGUGUCAUUAAUGAGACAGCGUUGUUUGUAUGUGUAGGGUUUUUGUCUGUCCUUACUUUGCUCUGCAUGUUGUUUAUCCUAAGAAGAAGGACCAGACGUUCAAACCGAGAACAGAACUCCAAUGGAGAGAUAAGGGAAAUCCUGCCAAAUGAAAGUCUUCCUCAAAAAGUUGUUUUUGAGAAUAAAAAUGCGGACUGGUCACCGUCUGUCUUUUCAAGUAAACUGUUAGCUCCUGAGAUCCAGAAUGCCUCUUUGAACACAGUGCUGAACAACCUGGAUGUGCUCGAGGAACUUGUUUUGUUAUUGGACCCAGACAUCUCUGGUGCCAAAAACACCCGUCACCUUGCUGCCCAAUGCUCAUUUUCCUUUGCCUGGAUCAAUUAUGCUUACUUAAUGAAGGACCACAAAAGCCCUCUUGUCGCUGUCCUGGAGGGGGUCGUCGCCAAAAACCCAGACUGGACUGUCGCUGAUUUUGCUAGAUUGUUAACUGCUAUCGGCCGCAACGAUGCAGUGGAGAUUUUAACAAAGCUUCAUGUUAAUGUAUAAAGCUUUUUGUAUAAUCAAUGCCAGUAUUAAAAGAUGAUGAAGAUAACAUGAA